UUAGUGAAGUGAAAAACCUAAACAGUAUCUGGGUAAAGUCUAAAAUUCAAAACAAAUUGUCACUCAUUACUAAUUAAUUACUCUUAAAAGCCAAGAUUUUAGAUCAAUUUUGUGAUAUACAUAUUUAGGUAAUUCGUAGUUAAAGAUAAAGUAACCCAAAAAAACUAGAAAAUGUCGGAAAGAAAAGUUCUUAAUAAAUAUUAUCCGCCGGAUUUUGAUCCUUCCAAAAUACCUCGUAUGAAACUGGCGAAAAAUCGCCAGUACACCGUCAGGCUUAUGGCUCCAUUCAAUAUGAGGUGUGCAACGUGUGGGGAAUAUAUUUAUAAAGGCAAGAAAUUUAACGCCAGAAAAGAGGAUGUUGAGAAUCAAGAUUACUUGGGUAUUCGGAUAUACAGAUUUUACAUUAAGUGCACAAGAUGUCUCCAAGAAAUAUCAUUUAAAACUGAUCCGAAGAAUACAGAUUAUGAAAUAGAAGCCGGAGCAACAAGAAACUUCAUGGCAUUGAAACUAGCAGAGGAGCAGGCUAAGAAAGAGGAAGAGGAACAGAAGGAGGAGGAAGCUAAUAAUCCAAUGAAACUGCUAGAAUACAGGACAGAGCAAUCUAGACAAGAAAUAGAAUUAUUAGAGAGUCUAGAGGAGUUGAAGGAGUUAAAUCGUAGACAGAGAACUGUUGAUUAUGAGGGCAUGCUGAAACAAUAUCAACCUGAAACAGCUGAGGAAAGGAAAGCGAGAGAAGAAAAGGAAGAUAAUGAAUUUAUUAAGUCAAUAAAAUUUAACAAUGCAACAAAACACAAAGUUGUGGCUGAAGAGAUUAUUGACAUUGUUGCGGAAGGUUCGGAACCUGUUGCCAAGAGCAUUAAGCUGGAAGACCCACCACCUAAAUCUAGUUCAUCUGUUAAAAAGGAAUCAUGGAAUAAAAGUAUUGGGGUUAUUGCCCGGAAACCAUUAAGUAACCUUGUUAGGAGUAAGAAACCAGAGACAGCAAAUAGUACAAAUUUAAGUGCGGAUGUGAAUGUUGGUGGUUCUAGUAAAAGUGACAGUGUGGUCGCCAAGAGUGAAGAAUCAAGUAAACCUUCAGGAUUGUCAUUGUUGGCGGAUUACUCGGAUAGUGACAGUGAUACAUCACAGUGAGUUAAUUAUAAAUAAAUGGGUGAACUGACA